CGCACUCUCGCUGGCAGCCCGCGCCCCUAACAGCAGCAGGAGCAGUGACCCAGCAGCCGCCGAGGAGCAGCCAGCUUGCCAGGAACGAGUGUUCUGUUCCGCCCGAAGUCCCCCAGGCCAGCUUGGCUGUGCUGCCCUGUGGCAGAACAGGGAGGUUGCAGGAGAGAGGAGGCGGCCCCUCAGCAGCCUGAGGGGAAUCCAGGGAGCCUCCAGCCAACUUCACGCCCCGCACGCAGUGAGCGCUCCAACUCUCCUCCCGGCCUCCUAGCUUCCCAGCCCCUGAACCAAGGCCGCUGCAGCAGGCUGAGUAGCAUGGAUCUGAGGCGUAGUGCGCUGGCGCUCCUGCUGCUGUGGCUCUCUCUGACCGCUGUAUGUGGAGGACCUGUGCUGCAGUCUGGUGGCCGGAAGGGGCUCCAGGAAGGCAGUGCCCGCCAUGUGGCAAAGCCCCGAGGCCCAAGGAGUGGCCCAGGACCCUGGCAGGGUGCUCGGAAAAAACUGCGUCGCCAGCGACCUCGCCUGUCCCAUAAGAGUCCCAUGCCUUUCUGAAGCAGGCACUGGAGUCUCUGGGUGGCACAGGACUGAAGAGGUCCCAGGAGCCUUCCAGCUGUUCUUCCUUCUCCCACCUACUUCUAAGGAGCCCUCACACCCAGUCUACUCUCAUCCUGCACCUACCCCAACUGCUGAGGAACCCAGCUUUUCUCACCCACCAGCUGCCCCCCAAAAGGCAUGGCUCUGCCUCCCAAAUCCCAGAGGUUCCACGGACUCCUCUUCCAGGCCUGGGACUCAGCAUUGUCAGACUGUCCUCCUUGUUCUCUGGGCCUGCUUCUGCACUAGGACUUGAUCUCCCCUCUAACCCCUUCCUUAAUUGUGCCUGGGGGUCAGGAGGGUGCAGGUGGUACCUCCCUCUGCUGACUCCCUCAGAUCCAGGCUUUCUGUGUCUGUGGGGCUCUUCACCUACUUCCAAAGAGGACUGGAAAGAUGGGGGUGGGGAGCAGUGACUCUGGAUGUGGGUCUAUCUAGGUUGUUUGGGUGCUGACAGGGUGACUUGGAAACCUUGGUGGGAGGCAGGGAGCAUGCUCUGGGGUGGAAAGCCAUGACGUUGGAAAGGAGGAAGGAGGAGGAAGAGCCACCACUGAUCCUGUUAACCAAGAGAGACUGUCCAGGAAAAUACUCUGUCCCUUCCCUUCCCCAUCUCCAUUUUUCUCCUCAAGCUAGGUCAGGGGAGGGGGAGGGUGCUGACCCUUUUUACUCCAGCAGGAGCACAAACCAAGCAGAGGAUCUCUCUGCCAGGAAUCACAGGAACCUGCAGCCAAAAGGAACCUUGGAGAGCACUUAGAUCUGCCCCUUAUGCAAAUUUAGGCCCAAGGUCUCUAAGGAUUCAGGUCUCUCUCUCCCACUCCAUGAUGCCCUCUUCUCUCUUGAUGAUGGCUUUUCAAGUCCUUUUUAGUGCCUCCCCUUCCUCCCAGUUUGGGGGUGGUUGGGAAGGAUGAAGGCAACAGGCCCUGAGCUGCCCAGGCCAAUUCAUGGGUUGAGUUGGAAAGUUCCAGAACCAGCCAUCUGCCCCUAUUCCUGUAGCUUUCCAAGAAUCUCCAGUGAGUUUUCACAGGGGCAACUCUGGGGCGCCCAGACUACCCAUCCAACCCAUUGUGGUUUGAUUAGAUCUCCUUUUCCAGGGUCCUUUCUCGGGGUGGGGGGUGCAGAAUAGGGAACAAAGGAAGGAAAGGCUGAGGGAGGAAGAGCAGGAGAAAAGGAGGAAAGAUGGGAGGAAGUUCGAUGCUGAAUGGGUAUCCUUCUCAGAGGCCUCCCAGGGUGGGAGGAAAAGGAAAACAAGAGCCUGAGGGCCGACUAUGUUUGUGAUGGUUGGGGGGGGUCAGGGCCCCCCAAGCCCCAUCCCACUACCCCAAUAUUUGCCUUGUCUGCCUCUGCCCUUACCUUCACUGCUGCUAUCGCUACUGCUGCUUCAGGACCUGACCUGGGGACACCCCCCCCUCCCCAAGUGUGGGCACCCACCCAUCUGUCUCCCAACACCCCACUGACUGGGAAUGGGGGAUGGCUAGAUUCCAGAAACUCUUAUGUCACUGAUGUCCCCACCAGAGACUGUGCCUUCUUCCCCCUCCUCCCCUCUGUAUCUCUGUCCUAGUCAGUCUGCCCAGCCCCUCAUGGGAAGAGGAAAAAGGACAAAGGAGACAAAAGAGGAGGUUGGCCAAGUUAUCAGGACAGAGGAGGGAGGGGAAUGUGUGUGUGUGGGGGAGCUGUUUUAUUUAAAAUGGUUGUGUAUGAUUCUUAUACUAAUUUAUACAAAGAUAUGAAGGCCCCUUACAUUAAGAAAUUGUCCCCUCAUAUCCACUGUGUUUGUAAAAAUUCGUUCUGUGUAAAUAUGUCUUUAUAAUAAAGAGUAGAAAGCUGACACUUGGUCCACACUGUUGGCGGUCAUGUUCAGCUGUCCCCUGAAGUCCGUGCUGAUGCCCAUGCCCGCAUGUUGCACAUACAGGGAAGAAAACACCCACACCGCAAAAUUGGUGCCAUAUCAAGCAGCCUCGAGCCAGCUGACCACAAACUCAAAAGGCAUUGCUAUGCUGAAUGGCAGGUUAGUGCCUAAUCCAGUCCAUUUUAAGUAUGUGGGCAUCUGUUUGGGUGUCUUUUUCUUCUUUUUUGUGUUGUUGUUAGGUUUUUUUUUUUCUUGGCAGUGUUAUCUCUAGAAUGUUUAAAAAGCAAUUAAAAAAAAAAACAAGUUUCUGAUCAAAGGUGGGCUUGUGACAAAAGUCUUGUCUUGUAUCCUUGGUGGAUGUCUUCUAUCUCUACCUACUUUUGACCACUUUUGGGACUUCCUAGCCAGUUUGCCUUCCUGGAAAAUUGUUCUGUUUCCUGCAAUAAAGACAUUUGGUAAUGA